GCUCCAGUCACACGUGGCUUUGCUCACAGGAAUUCAUGCUGCGGUACCAGGGCUCAGCAAACUGCUGGAUUGGGCUGCACAGGGAAGAAGGGGACGAGCGCUGGACAUGGGCCGAUGGCAGCGCCUUCACCAACUGGUUCCAGCUGCGAGGUGGAGGCCGGUGUGCGUACCUGAACGGGGACGGGAUCAGCUCAGCCCUGUGCCACACGGAGAAGUACUGGGUGUGCAGCAGAGCCGACAGCUACGUGCUCUGGAGGGAGGAGACAGAUCCACAGUGACAGAUCCCAUCUGCAGCGAGCUCGUUCCAAUGCUGCUGGGCACUGCCAUGCCAUCAGUGCGUACUUGAUUCUGCCUCUUUCUAGCACUCCUGCACUUGUUCCUCCAUGGAACCACCAUGGAACUGAGGAGCUCUGCUCCUCAGUAUCUCUCAGGAAGCAUGUAUAGUCCCGCUGUGCCUUAAAGGGAGGGUCCUUCUAGGGCCCUUCAAGGUCACAGCACCGUGGAGCAAUCCCGUGCCGUGCUGAGCCACUGUGUCUGGACCCGAGGCUGGGGGUAUUUGUCCUCUCUUUCUGGGUCUGUGUCACAUCAUGGUGCCUCCACUGUGUCACAUUGCGGUGCCAUCGCUCCCAGCCGCCCUCUGGCUUUGGCUCUGGGCGCUGUUGCUCCCGGUGCUGUUCCACGUCCAUAGCCCUGCACAGAGGGUUGAUGCAGUCACAGUUUUUGCUGAGCUGCAGAAUUUUGUAAUUCCAUGGAGCUUUAAUAUAUUCACUUUUUAGUAGAUGCUCUCGAGUCA